AUGGCAAACGCAGCAGGAGGAGCACUUUUGGCUUUGCUGUUUUUCCUGAGUGCUGCUGUGCCAUGUUUCUCUGUGUAUAACAGUGGCGAGUGCUUCUUCAACACUAAAGGGAGCUGUGAGCACAUGGGACGGGUGUACGGGAUUGGAGAGAGCUGGAUAACCAGUGACUGUUACCAGUGUGUCUGUAUGGAGCCUUUUGGAGUUGGAUGCUGUGACCAUGGAUCUGAACCUGUGGACUAUCCGGACUGGUGUGAGAUCAUCCGUAAGCCCGACUCUUGCACGAGCGUUGCAGUGAUGAGAGUCAAUCACAAACUGCCCUGCCUCUGGGGACGAGGCCGUCUCAGACCAGCUGCAGGCCAACCGUGGAAACCUAACAAUGAUCCUUUAUUUUGA